CAAAUCCGAAGGAGUGUCAAAUUGAACUUUUCGAAGGUCGAACGCAAAUUUUAAUCAAAUUUGUCGAAAAAAAUUCAAAAAUAUGGACCGAGGGCUUUCUGCCGGCGAGCAGAAGCUUGCGGAGAAACUGAUUAUUUUAAAUGAACGUGGAAAGGGCAUGUUAACACGAAUUUAUAACAUAAAGAAAGUGAGUUUGUCAAAUUAUGUGAUGAUUGUAUAUAUCGAAGAAUGCACUAGAUAAAUUGCUAUUUUUAAUGCUAUUUUGUAAAUGAAAGCUUAAUUGUUUAGGGGUGUAUGGUUAUAGGUCUAUGAUUUAAUAAUUUGUUGAAUACGAAUGAAUUAAGCUUUUAUUUCUGCACCAAAGGGGCUGUUUAUAAAUUGUAUAUAAAGGUUGAUACAAAUUGUAAACAAUCCCUCGAACAAUCCGGAAAUUCUACUAGUGUUUUAAUACUACAGGAGGAAACCUGAACUUUUGAACUGUAGGACUGACUUUAUUUAUACUGGAUAACUCUAACAGUUCUAAAUUGUUCUCCCCAGAGGUCCAGUAAGAGUCACCCUUAUUGUCUAAUGUGAGGCAGUGUUUCUACAGAAGGAAACCAAUUAACUUCGAUGAAACCUUAUAAUAAAACUGUAUUACCACCAGUGUAAUAUGUUGAUAGUAACAAACUGUAACACAUCAUUACAUGAGAAUAUAACCUGUGUUCAGCCCGAAUCCUAGCCUACAUAUAUCACAGCCACCUGAUGAUCUCAUUUGAGGAACGAGACAGUCAGGCAGCUUACUUGCACAGCUAGAGCAACAAAAAACCUGCUUUUUGUGAGCUGAUGUUACUACCAUUUAUCUCAAAUAUUAUUCCCUCAUGCUUGUGGGAGCAAACGAGAAGUACUGCACAUCCUCAGUUUAGUUCAUCUGCUCCCACAAGCAAUAAGCUAAUAUUUUGUAAUAAAAGUGCGAAGAAACGCAAGCUAAAUUCAAAAUAAAUAGUGAUAGGCAAUACCAGGAUUUUUAAUUUGAUACUUAUACUUUGAUGCUCGGUAUUGAUUUAUUUUGAUGCCAAAAUAAACACAAAAUUUCUAUUCUUGAUACCACAUUUUCAAUAUUAAGAGUUAUUUUAGUGGUUUAUGAGUCGUAUUCAACCAAGAAGUGAUAAGUUAAAAUUAAACAAUUUGUCUAAAAAAGAGUGCAAGUAUUGAACAAUAUCACAUCAGUAAUUGAUACCGAUACCGCUGUUUGUGGUAUCACUGGUAUCGAAUACCGAGUACUUGGUAUUGCCCAUCACUAAAAAUAAAUUCAACAUAAAUUUGAUAUACAACCAUAUUCAAAGAUUUUAUCAAUGUACACAUGUAUGACAAGUGUUAACGCAUGAUUGGUCAUAGUUAUGAUGAAGUUUCUAGAGCAAGUCCAAUUGUCAUUUGUGAUAUUGGUUGUUGGAAUAUUGGCAAAUUUUCAUAUCGAUACAUGACUAUUUCUAACAAUUUUUAACUAUUUAGCAAUGUUCAGAUCCGAAGUCCAGACCAGCGUUUUUGACCGACAAACCGUUGGAAGCUACGAUAAAAACCAUUGUACGAAAGUUUCCCAAUUUUGAAAGUCAUUUAAAGGUAAGGUAGUGUCUGAAGAGUUUUAUGUUCUUUUAAAUUCUCGAGAUUUCUACAUAUAUGACUAAGAGGAAUUUAUAGUCACUCUGCCACGACAGACUGCUUGAAACAUAAUACCCCACCAACGGAGCCACAUGCAAUUAAAGAAAAAUGUUAUUAUUUCAGGGUCAGACUCAACCGAUUCAAGGCCAAGAGAAAGACAUUGUAAAAGGAUUAUCAAAUUACUAUUACACCUUUGUUGAUGUUAUGCAGUUUAAAGUGAGAAGUUUUGAAAUUUUAUUUUUUAUUUCAAAUUUUGUGUUUUGCUUGACAAAUUCCACAUCACCACCAUUGUUUCACUAUCAUCAUCACCAUCAUCAUCACCAUCAUCAUCAUCACCACCAUCAUCAUCACCACCAUCACCACAAUCAUCACCAUCAUCCACCAUCACCACUACUAUCAAUAUCAUCAUCCACCAUCAUCACCACCAUCAUCACCAUCAUCACCAUCAUCAUCCACCAUCAUCCACCACCACUAUCAAUAUCAUCAUCUACCAUCAUCACCAUCACCACCAUCAUCCACCACCACUAUCAAUAUCAUCAUCUACCACCAUCACCACCACCACUAUCAAUAUCAACAUCCACCAUCACCAUCAUCAUCCACCAUCAUCAUCCACCAUCACCACCAUCAUCCGCUAUCAAUAUCAUCAUCCACCAUCAUCACCAUAAUCAUCAUCAUCACCAUCACCAUAAUCAUCAUCAUCACCAUCAUCCACCAUCACCACCACUAUCAAUAUCAUCAUCCACCAUCAUCAUCAUCAUCAUCACCAUCAUCCACCAUCACCACCACUAUCACCAUCAUCAUCCACCAUCAUCACCAUCAUCAUCCACCAUCAUCCACCACCACUAUCACCAUCAUCAUCCACCAUCAUCACCACCACCACCAUCAUCAUCACCACCACCAUCAUCAUCACCCCCACCACUUAACUAAAUUAUUUUAAACAUUUGGUUUCAGGAUCACACAAGUGAAAUACUGACAAUGAUUGAUGCAAGUUUUGUCAACUUUGACAUUGUAAGUAAACUACCAUGAGUAAAACUACCAUCGCCACUUUACUGGUUACUGUAAGUCUGCAACACAGUAAUAGAACUGUAAGUCUAUAACUGGGUUAAAAUAAUAGAACUAUGAAGUGUUAUAUAAAUGGAAUGUUUAAGAAGUUUGUUUUUCCUUCUUGUUUUCAGUCCUUAAAUUUCGACUUAACAAGAGCAUAUCUUGAUCUGAUUGUGACCUAUGUCUCUCUGAUGUUGCUCAUUGCCCGCGUUGAAGACCGUAAAGCUGUCCUAGGAUUGUUUAAUUAUGCAUAUGAAGCUCAGAAUGGACGAAG